CUUCUAUCUCGUCAAUCCCGAGAUGUGGCAGCUUCGCCUAGAGAAUGUUUCUGCACGCUUUCAACAACUGCGACUAGAGAUUGCGCACAGGCCAACUCAUGCAUGGUAUAUAUCUCAUCUAUCGACUCAGAAGUGACUUCUCCCGACAACUCCUCGAGAGAUGGUCAGGACCGGCAGUUUUCGACGAUAGUCGCCGUCGUCACCGUAGCCGUCGCCGCCACAGAGCAACUUACAACCCUCAUAUUCGAUCGACUCUAGCGGCCAAUCGCCACUGCCGUCCGCGCCGCUAUUGCCUCGCACUUACCGUACCAAGGCUCCGGCCCCUGCCACCAACUCCGUCAAUAUCUCUGGCUCCUGCCGCAUGCUUCACGCAACCUUUCGCAGUCACUGUCCCAUUUCCAUGUACAAGCGACUUUACAAGAUGGUUCGUGCAGACAUUCGCCUCCAGGUUCCUUAUCUCGUCCAAUCGUCCCCAGGCGCUCGAGAACAAGUAUCAAAACUAUCUAGAGACCGGAACCGCCGUUCAAGGGCAGAGUUGAGUUGUCAUCCUCCAAGCACGGCACUCAGAUUCGCCACCCUCAAUCUUCGGUCCAAGAUGCCGAAGAUCAACAUGUAAGAGUUGUGAGAUACUGACCGACUUCUCGAUCUCAGUACUGGUGUUUAUCAUGUCUGUUUCGGCUG